GUCAUCCUCAAAGUCGGCGAGCAGCAUUUUAACACCUUCCGUGACACACUGACCGGUGAGAGCAAAUACUUUGCGGCUCGUUUCUUAGGCAGCUGGAACGACACCGACAAAGAUGGCUCCUACUUCAUCGAUACAGAUCCGGACAUAUUUAAGUACGUCCUCAACUACCUCCGCGAUGGCAGUUUGCCGUUAUUCUUCAACGCUGCUACCAAGGAAUUUAACUACGAGAAAUACACUGCUCUUCUGGGACAGGCCAAGUACUUUGGCAUCGCGAAGCUGGAAAACUGGAUUGAAAAGGAGCGGUAUCUCGCUGCUGCAAAGACCGAAUACACAUCAACCAUGAUCUCAGGCGAUAACCUGAAUGCAGAAAUCUCUUACCAUUUUGAUACAGUGAAGGGAAACGCCACCCUUGAUUUAUCAUAUGGCUGGGGUACAAAAAAGGUUUAUGUGUGUCCCAGAGCAAUUCCAGUUCAUCGCGGACAGCCGGACCUCUGUGGUGCGAAGUGUCACAAGGCCCAGAUUGGCGAAAGACGUAACUUCGAGGAUGAACCGGUUCUGAAAGUCUUCGUGAUAAGAAGUGAGGUGAUCUUCGAUCCGAAGGUUUGCAUGGGUGGUGGGUUAGAGGAG